AUCAGCUCCGAUAUCUUGCGCUACUGCUGGCAAGGCAAACAAAAAUUCUCUUCCUGGUUCGCACAAUAACAAAUCAAAACCAGCACCAUGGUCAGCGUUCUAGCUCAGGAGCGUCUACUUGGCGCAGCGCUGGGAAGCAUAUUGACGGGGAUCGUGGUGUUUGAGCAACGCAGAACCAUCUAUAGAUCCAUUUCUCAAUCCGAUACCCACUCUCACGUGAGAGAACCCAUAUUAGGAAAGAUAUCUCGCUCAGAGUUAGCACAUCUAUGGAAUAAAGCUGUGGAUCGGACGUUUGGACCUGUUAUUGAAUCCCUUAGUUCACGUGGGUGGUAGAAAUGCCAGGGUAGUUCACUACUGAUGUAUCAUGUAUGAGCGUAUCUCUGUUUUUGUAUACAGAUGCUACGGCUUACCCACAUUACAUGUUCUGUGUUAUGAAUGGAACAUGCAGGGUUAUAGGCCAUGAUUGAGGACCUCCAUAAUAAUAUUACCUGCAAUUAUUAUUUUCUUCUCGUUAAAUGAGCAAUGAUGCAUGCUAUAGUUGUUUUUA